AUGGUCAACGACACAGAAUACUAUGACGCCCUCGGGAUCGAACCGACUGCCACGCAGAUUGAGAUCAAAAAGGCGUACCGCCGCCGCGCGAUGGAGACCCAUCCGGACAAACACCCAAACGACCCGACCGCAGCAGCGCGCUUCCAGGCCAUCGGGGAGGCGUACCAGGUAUUGCAGGACCCGGAGUUGAGAAAGAACUAUGACCAAUUCGGAAAAACAGACCAGUCCGUGCCGGACGCCGGGUUUGACGACCCGUCCGAGUUCUUCAGCACAAUGUUUGGUGGCGAGAGCUUCAAAAGCUGGAUCGGCGAGUUAACCAUGUUGAAGGACUUGCAGAGCACAGCGGAGGUGCUUGGAAAGGAAGAUGAGGAGAAGGAAAAGGCAAAGGUGGAGACUACUUCGGAGGACCAGUCAGUGAUGCACACCGAGGCCAAGGCCGAUGUCGGGGCGUCUGGUACAAGCACGCCAAAGGCAAAGUUGAACAACCCAGCAAAGUACACCAAAGAAACGAGAGAGGAAGUGGAGCGCCUUUAUAAGGAGUCCAAGCUCGCGAAGCAGAAGCGUGUGGAGGAACUUGCUAAGGAGUUGGUGGUCCGCUUGGACAAACUUAUCGCUGCGUCCUCCUCCGAGGCCGAGUUGACGCUGUUCCAGCAAAACCUCAACACCGAAUUCGAGGACUUGAAGAUGGAGUCUUUUGGGCUCGAGAUCAUCCACACCAUCGGCAAGAUCUACGCGCAGAAGGCCAGUGCGUUCAUCUCGUCCUCUAGGACGUUUGGGUUAUCCAAGAUUUUCACCUCGGUGCGUGACAAGGGCUCUGUCGUCAGCGGCGGGUUCAGCAUUUUGUCGUCUGCCUUGGACGCCCAGCUGUUGGUGGAGCAGAUGGAAAAGGUUAAGGCUGCGGACCCCGAUGCGUGGUCUCAGGAGCAGGAAGCCGAAAUCGGCCGUCUUGUCUUUGGGAAGUUUGUUGGCACCGCGUGGGCCUCUUCCAAGUUUGAAAUCAAGAACACCAUUAGAGACGUAUGCGAUACCGUCUUAACCGACAAAGAAGUUCCAAAGAAGGCCAGGAUUUCCCGCGCCAGAGCGCUCUUGGUGUUGGGAACCAACAUGAAGGCUGUGACAAGGGACACUGAGGAUGAGGAAGGUGUCCAGGUGUUUGAGGAGAUGUGGCAUGAGGCCAAGUAUACCAAGAUGAAGGUCACCAAGGUGAAGAAGUAG